AUGGAGUGCUUUUUGCCUUCUACUGCGUUUGUUACUAGGAAACGUACAGAUCUUACAGAUAGUUGUGAUUCUACAAAAUGCGUAGAAGGAUCUGAUCUGAAUUCUGGUAGCGCAAACAUAGGUGAUGUUUACACCCCUAUUGGUAACGCUGGCUGUACUGGGAAGUCCGAUGAAUACUUGGAUUUACCUGGGACGGUUAGUGAGAAUGAAUCUGUAAAGAAGGAAUUUUCGUACUGUAAUGAAGUUAAUGCUGGUGUGUUUGAUAGUGACUUUGCGGAUGUUUGUAAAUCUCCCCGUAUUACAUCUGUUGAUCGUUUGAACCGAUUGAAGAACGAAUUUAGUUCUAAGGAUAUUUCUAAUAUUUCACAAUUUGAUCCAACUUUUGAUGAUUCUGUUUCUAUUCCCGUGGAUACACUUGAAACUGCUAACUCAAAUUCCGGCUCUACAUCGCCGUCAACUACUACUCCUGUUAAAUCUGUACGUUCAUCUACUAGGAGAUUGGAUGUGUUGAGCAGUAUCCGCACGAGGCUGGAUGAGCCUCACGUCAACAUCAGUGACGAUGAGACUAAGAACCCUAUACUGGCUAACUCUGUGAGACGUACUAAGGGUCUUUCUUCUAACACUGCUGAUGUUCGGAGAUCUUUACAGGUUCUUGGUAGUUCUCGUUGUUGGACUGACCGUUUCGAGAAUCAGGACCCUGAUGCUGAUUCCUUAUCUGCUACUCAGAGUCCAGUCAGAAGCUUGACUAGUUUGAUGAAUUCCCAGGCUGACGUUUCCGAUUCAUCUUUUAGACGACCGCUCUGGGAAUCUACUCCUAAUUUCACUCCUAUCCGAUCCAUCUCUAGUUUUGACAGAUUACCUUACCACUCCUCUAAAGGUGAUAGUUUGGAUAGGUUUUCUAAUACCAGUGUUGCUGAGAUGUCCCGGAUGCCAUUCAACCCUAUGUCAAACGUAACAUUGACUAGGGAGGAGAUGUGCAGGUCCAAACUAUCAGGCGAGUUAUUAGUUCUCCACAAGCACUUCCAGAAUAUUUGCACUGUGAUCAAUCGUUCCAUGAAGAGGGAUGACAAACCAUAUUUCCGUAUUUUCAGAACUCUAGUUCAACGUCUGUCACGCAGGUCAUUCACAAUGGAUCAUUUGAGGAAGAUUCUUUGGCUCGCUCCCAACCUGAUUAGUGUAAAAUGGGUACUGAUAAGUGAGUCUUUCAGGAAGAAGUAUCCUACUGAGUACAAAGAGUCUACCGAUAAGGUUUAUGAUAUAAACAUAAGGAUCCUUCGUCCGGACCUUUCUUGCUGCUACAAUAACCAGGACUACGAGAAAGCCUGUUUCCUCUUCAAGACUAUUUUAUGCACUUGGUCACUAAAGUGCGAUUCUGAGAAUUUGGUGGAUUUCGACGUUCCCAUGGCUGAUCUUCCCGAGAAGAACCUUAGGUCCAACUUAUCUACUCCCAUCAGGGACACUACUCCAUUAAGUACUAAUAGAAUCAAUACUACUAGAAUGAAUGAUACUCCCAUGAGAGGUUUUACACCCAGAAUGAAUACAACUCCCAUGAGUACUCCUAGGAUGAAUGAUACUCCAAUCAGGGAUACUACUCCAGUUCGAAGUGUACUCAGGUCUGAUUUGUUUGGCUGCCUGGAUAACACUCCUUGCAAGUCAUACAAGAUGGCUGAAGACUCUUUCGAAACUUCAUCGAAAAGGAUGAGGACCGAUAGUAUUUCCCCAUUGUCGGUUGACCUCCUGGACACCCCUGGUAUGAAUCGGAUUCGUGAGAACCUUAAAAAGUUAGCCGAGAGUAAUCAAGCCCCUGAUCCUCAGAAUGAUUUGAAGUUCUGGAUCGAUAUGCGGUGGUUCACCAAGAUUCUUCUAGAAAUAAUAGUCAGCGACACUUCACCUAUCAUGAAACUUGAGUUUCUAGUCGAUUUCAUACUAAAGUACGGGUCGAGGAAAGUAACACAAGAUCAAGUUACAAGGUGGAUUGACACAUUGUCCGAAAUCGACCCCUGUAUUCUACACAAGGGCAUCUCUAAAUUUGAAGACUAUACUACAGUUCUGACAAUCAACAAGUCGGCCUCCUUCGACAAUGCCUUGGAUUACAUUAAUCAGAAAAUCAAAACUUUAAAAUCAUUUUAA